AUCGCGGGAAGGCGGGGAGCGUUGCUGGGAGAAGUCACUAUGGUGACCGGAGGUCGAAGGAUUGUUGGUGACUGGUGCUAGCUCUGUGAGGGCAGUCUCCACAGCUUCCCUGGAACUUGAGUGAAUACAAUCAAGUACCAUUUUUUUGGUUUUGCUGGAAACUGGAGAUUAUGAGGCUGAAGAUCUCUCUAUUAAAAGAACCAAAACAUCAAGAAUUAGUAAGCUGUGUGGGCUGGACUACUGCUGAAGAACUGUAUUCAUGCAGUGAUGAUCACCAGAUAGUGAAGUGGAACUUGCUAACCAGUGAGACAAGCCAAAUAGUAAAGCUUCCUGAUGAUAUUUACCCAAUAGAUCUUCACUGGUUUCCAAAAAGUUUAGGCAUAAAGAAACAGACUCAAGCAGAAAGCUUUGUCCUCACAAGUUCUGAUGGUAAAUUUCAUCUGAUUUCCAAGUUAGGAAGAGUGGAAAAAAGUGUAGAAGCUCACUGUGGAGCGGUACUUUCAGGAAGAUGGAAUUAUGAAGGAACAGCAUUGGUUACAGUUGGAGAAGAUGGACAAAUAAAAAUCUGGUCAAAGACUGGGAUGCUAAGAUCAACUUUAGCACAGCAAGGAACACCGGUGUAUUCAGUAGCGUGGGGCCCUGAUUCAGAAAAGGUUCUUUACACAGCAGGCAAGCAGCUGAUCAUUAAACCUCUUCAACCAAGUGCUAAAGUUUUACAGUGGAAGGCUCAUGAUGGCAUCAUUUUAAAAGUAGAUUGGAACUCAGUUAAUGAUCUUAUUUUAUCUGCUGGUGAAGACUGUAAAUACAAGGUGUGGGAUAGUUAUGGCCGCCCGCUGUACAGUUCACAGCCUCAUGAGCAUCCAAUUACCUCAGUUGCCUGGGCUCCAGAUGGAGAAUUAUUUGCUGUUGGAUCGUUUCAUACUUUACGCUUGUGUGAUAAAACUGGGUGGUCAUAUGCUUUAGAAAAGCCCAACACAGGCAGUGUAUUUAACAUUGCGUGGUCAGUUGACGGUACUCAGAUCGCUGGAGCCUGCGGAAAUGGGCAUGUGGUUUUUGCACAUGUGGUGGAGCAGCGUUGGGAGUGGAAAAAUUUUCAAGUUACAUUAACUAAAAGAAGGACCAUGCAGGUUCGUAAUGUUCUUAAUGAUGCAGUGGAUUUACUGGAAUUCCGUGAUAGAGUCAUCAAAGCAUCUUUGAACUAUGCACACUUAGUUGUUUCUACGUCUCUUCAAUGUUAUGUGUUCUCUACGAAGAACUGGAACACACCACUUAUAUUUGAUCUCAAAGAAGGAACUGUUAGUCUCAUUCUACAGGCAGAAAGACAUUUUCUUCUUGUAGAUGGCGGCGGUAUCUAUUUAUAUUCUUAUGAAGGGCGCUUUAUUUCUUCUCCAAAAUUUCCUGGAAUGAGAACAGAUACUCUGAAUGCACAAACUGUGUCUCUGAGUAAUGAUACCAUAGCUAUAAAAGAUAAAGCUGAUGAAAAAAUAAUCUUCCUCUUUGAGGCAGCAACUGGAAAACCAUUAGGUGAUGGAAAGCUGCUUUCUCAUAAGAAUGAAAUCUUGGAAAUUGCUCUGGAUCAGAAAGGACUUACCAAUGAUAGAAAAAUUGCUUUCAUUGAUAAAAAUAGAGAUCUCUAUAUUACCUCAGUUAAACGGUUUGGGAAGGAAGAACAAAUUAUCAAACUUGGAACAAUGGUGCAUACGUUGGCAUGGAGCGAUGCGUGCAAUAUCCUUUGUGGACUUCAAGAUACUCGACUCACAGUAUGGUAUUACCCCAACACAGUUUAUGUGGACAGAGACAUUUUGCCCAAAACAUUAUAUGAAAGAGAUGCAAGUGAAUUCAGUAAAAACCCUCAUAUUGUGAGUUUUGUUGGAAAUCAGGUAACUAUAAGAAGAGCUGAUGGCUCACUGGUUCACAUCAGCAUAUCGCCAUAUCCCGCCAUACUCCAUGAAUAUGUAAGCAGUUCAAAAUGGGAAGAUGCUGUGAGACUUUGUCGCUUUGUUAAGGAACAAACCAUGUGGGCGUGCUUAGCUGCCAUGUCAGUUGCUAACAGAGAUAUGACUACUGCAGAGAUAGCCUACGCAGCAAUUGGUGAAAUUGACAAAGUUCAUUACAUCAAUUCUAUAAAAAAUCUUCCAUCUAAAGAAUCAAAAAUGGCCCACAUACUAAUGUUUAGUGGGAACAUACAGGAGGCUGAAAUAGUACUUCUUCAGGCUGGCCUUGUUUAUCAAGCAAUCCAGAUCAAUAUUAAUCUCUACAACUGGGAAAGGGCACUUGAAUUGGCUGUAAAAUAUAAAACACAUGUGGAUACAGUUCUUGCUUACCGUCAAAAGUUUUUGGAGACAUUUGGUAAACAGGAAACUAAUAAACGAUACUUGCAAUAUGCAGAAGGUCUCCAAAUAGAUUGGGAGAAAAUCAAAGCCAAAAUUGAGAUGGAAAUUACUAAAGAACGAGAGCGAUCAUCAAACAGCCAGUCCAACAAGGGUAUAGGUGUAAAGUACUAAAUGCCGUACUUACCUCUAAGAAGUUCUGUCUUUUGGAAUUAAUUCUGAUUAACCAAGGAUAAGCGUGUUUUGGUUGCUAAAGAAAAACGAAGAAUCUUUAAAUCAGUAUACGUCUUGCUGUACAUUUAAUACAAAAAGUAUGUUCAGAAAGAUUAAGCAUAAAAUGAUUGAUGUAAUUCCACCUUUUAUAUUUUUCUAGUCCAAUAAUUAGCAUAAUAUUCCGGUAUUUUUAUGAUGCACCUGCGUGGUGUUGCUUUUGUCCAUUAUUUUAUCCCUGACUCUUCAGUAUGAAUAACUUGUUAAUGCUGAUAAUAAAACACUGGACUUUUGAAAAAGUAUAUGUUAUGAUUAAUUUUUUUGACCUCUGAAUUGUGAAGUACUCCAGAAGUUUAUUUUACAACAAAAAUACAAGAGGAUGGACUUGUGAAAAUGUAUAACAAUUGGUAAAAAUGUUUAAAAUGCUCUUUUAACUUAAUUUCUAAUAGUGCAAUUUAUAAUUCAGUCUAAUAAACUAAAAACCAGGGAACAAAGCUCAAAAUUCACAAAUUUUGCUGUUUGGAGAUAAUCACACCAUAAGUGCAUGGGAACGGUGGUCAAACAUUGUUUUCACAGUUAUGUCAAUGCAAAAAGUAAAUGCUUGCCGUCAGUCUAUCACUAAGUCAAGUGAAAUAAAUUCAAAUGUUACUGUAGUAGUGUUUAAAAUACGUCACUUUUCCUGUCAGACUGAAUGUUGUAUUUACAUGUGCUCUUGUCUUACGCUGUAAAAAAUAUGUUAUAGGAGCUUCUCGGUUUAACACUAAUAAUUUUAUACAUUUCAGCAGUUUGAUAUAAUGCAGUGCCUUUGUAUGUAUUAUAAAUAUUUUGUAUAUUUCAUAAACAUAUCAGGUAGAGAAGAUCAUUUAUCCAGAAUGCCUGGGAGCUGGUCCUGUUACAGAUUAAUGAUAUUUCUGGAGUGUGAUAAUUCCCCACCUCAGAAAAAAUGUUUUAGCACAGAGGAUAUGGUAUGUAAUAUGGAAGAUAAGGUAUAUUAAGAAAUAAACAAGUUUUAAAGCAGACGUUUUAGAAAAUGGUUUAUUUUAGCAAAAAGAAUACCAUGGGUAUGAAUUGAAGCAUUAUCUUCAAUUAUCUGUCAUUUUGUACAUAUAGAUAACAUAUACCUUUCUGAAAAUGAAAUGUGUUCGAAAAAUCCUGUUUAUACAGAAACACCUCAAAUACAUUUUCCUUGU